AAGUGUUAUUUAUAAUAUAUAUGUUAAUAAGAACGUUAAAUGAUACACGUGAACAUUUUCUAACAAAUAUAUUAUAUAUACUAUCAUUAUUAAACAAUUGUUUUCGUUCUUAAAAUAAAAAUUAUGAUGUAAUUAUAGGAAUUUAACCAUUAAAUCCAUAAGUUAAAAUACCAUGGAGGUUUUGUUAUUAAAAUCCAUGCUGUUUGCUUGUCAAUGGUCAGUAAUAGUUAUUAAAUCAUAAAAUGGGUGCAAAUAUAUCACAAUUAGAAAGAGAUAUUGGCUCUGAUCAAUUUCCUCCCAAUGAACAUUAUUUUGGAUUAGUUAAUUUUGGAAAUACCUGUUAUAGCAAUUCUGUAUUACAAGCUUUGUAUUUUUGUCGACCAUUUAGAGAAAAAGUUUUAGAAUACAAAGCUAGAAAUAAGAGAACCAAGGAAACAUUAUUAACAUGUUUAGCCGAUUUGUUUUAUAGUAUUGCAACUCAAAAAAAGAAAGUUGGAUCUAUAGCUCCAAAAAAGUUUAUUGCCAGAUUAAGGAAAGAAAAAGAGGAAUUUGAUAACUACAUGCAACAAGAUGCACAUGAAUUUUUAAAUUUUUUAAUAAAUCAUAUAAAUGAAAUUAUUUUAGCAGAGAGAAGUCAAAGUAAACCAGCAGGAGGAAAAUGUGGUGCAGGUGAUGCUGGUUCACCACCAGAACCUACAUGGGUUCAUGAAAUAUUUCAAGGAAUUCUGACAUCAGAAACACGUUGCCUUAAUUGUGAGACUGUAUCUAGCAAAGAUGAGGAUUUCUUUGAUUUACAAGUUGAUGUAGAUCAGAAUACUUCAAUCACACACUGCCUCAGAUGUUUUUCAAAUACUGAGACACUUUGUAGUGAUAACAAAUUCAAAUGUGAUCAUUGUAGUAGUUAUCAAGAAGCCCAGAAACGAAUGAGAGUUAAAAAAUUACCAAUGAUACUAGCAUUGCAUCUAAAGAGAUUUAAAUAUGUGGAGCAAUAUAAUCGUCACAUCAAAGUUUCCCAUAGAGUAGUUUUUCCUUUAGAACUUCGGCUAUUUAAUACUAGUGACGAUGCAGUGAAUCCAGAUAGAUUAUAUGAUUUGGUAGCAGUUGUAAUACAUUGUGGAAGUGGGCCUAAUCGAGGACAUUAUAUUUCCAUAGUUAAAAGCCAUGGAUUUUGGUUACUUUUUGAUGAUGACAUGGUUGAUAAAAUUGAUGCAUCUACAAUAGAAGACUUUUAUGGACUCACAUCUGAUAUUCAGAAAAGUUCUGAAACUGGCUAUAUCUUAUUUUAUCAAUCAAUAGAUUGUAAUUAGAACUUAAUAUAAAUAUAUAGUAAUUAAAGUAAAUAAAUUCUAUAUGGUAA